CCCAUGCACAUCCCGCGCGCGUUCGGGCUCCACCAAUCAGAGCGCAGCGAGGCCCAGAUAAAAGCAGCGGACCGCGCUCCCGUCUCCUCAGUGUCCUGAUUCCGAUCAGAAACAUGCCUGAACCCGCCAAGGCUGCGCCCAAGAAGGGCUCCAAGAAAGCCGUGACCAAGACCGCCGGGAAAGGCGGCAAAAAGAAGAGAAAGACCAGGAAGGAGAGCUACGCCAUCUACGUGUACAAGGUGCUCAAGCAGGUCCACCCCGACACCGGCAUCUCCUCCAAGGCCAUGAGCAUCAUGAACUCUUUCGUCAACGACAUCUUUGAGCGCAUCGGCGGAGAGGCCUCCCGCCUGGCGCACUACAACAAGCGCUCCACCAUCACCUCCAGGGAGAUCCAGACCGCCGUGCGUCUCCUGCUGCCCGGAGAGCUGGCCAAGCACGCCGUGUCCGAGGGCACCAAGGCCGUCACCAAGUACACCAGCUCCAAGUAAACUGCUCCACCACAAUAUACACACACA